ACCCGGCGAGAGGGAUGUUUGGCACUUCUCCAUCAAUAUGUUUUUGGCUCCGUUCAGCAGCUUGAUGUCUGAUGACUAGAUCGGUGCGACUAUCCAUGGAAGAAUAGGAUUCAAAAGAACUGAUCUAAUGUAUUUGCUUAGUUUCUGAUGCCAAAUGUUACUGGCUAAAAUUCUCUCAGCUCAGGUUUGUGCUGAACUCUGUGGUUUCAUGCAUACAUUAACAUUUAUGAAAUGAAUUUUAUUGUUAGGUCUUAUUAUGCAGAGAGAAAACAGACUUACUUGUAGACAUUUACGUGAUUGAAAUUUAUUUUAAUAACUGACAAUGGGAAAUACAGAAUCUGGGAAUGUCACGAACGAUGUGAAGCAGCAAGGCAAUGACGCUGUAAAUGAUGUGUACAAAUUAGUGGAUCUUAAUGGAGGUGGCUUGUUUGUCGAACUGACCAAACUAGGAAGACGAAAGAAAGAUUUCUCUGAGCUUGAUGAGAUUAUCUUGAGCAAUGGCUUCAAAUCCCUGCUUUACAAUGGAGGUGGAGGUAAAAAAGUUCCACUCAUUGACAUCUUGAAUAUUCGAGACAACAAAGACUACAGAAAAGAGCCAUUUGGAUUAAAAGUCAAAGGCAAAGCAGACCCUUUGCCAAAGAUUGACACGCUCACCAAUGGGGAUUUUAACUAUCUGUACAGAAAGAAAGAUCUGAAGGUAAAGGAGACAUGUUGGCGUAUAGACAAAAGAGGUACUGUAGGGGAGACAAUCCUACAUCUCUGUUUCCUGAAUUCCUCUACUAUACAUGCCGACCUGGCUAAGAGGCUGCUGCACCAUUACCCCAAGCUGAUCAAUGAUAUCUACAUUGGGGACAUGUACUUUGGAGAGUCCGUGCUACAUCUUGCCAUAGUGAAUGAGGACCCAGCGCUGGUCAAGUUUCUGCUUGAUAAUGGUGCGGACGUCCACCAGAGGUGCUGUGGUCAGUUCUUCUGUCCCAAUGACCAGAAGAAUUCACGCACUGGGGUGGCGGACCAGGAGUGGUUUAAUGUCAGCAAGAAAACCAACUAUGAGGGGUACACAUACUGGGGAGAAAGCCCUUUAAGCUUUGCUGCCUGCCUGGAACAGGAGGAAUGUGUGAGGUUAUUGGUGGCUAAAGGGGCAGACCUCAACUUUCAAGAUUCCAAUGGGAACACAGUUCUGCAUAUGUUGGUUAUCUAUGACAAAAAGGGUUUAUAUGAUGAAUACUGUUUCCAGGACAUGUUUUCUUUGAUGCAUGGACUGGGAGCAAAGUUGAAUAUAAGCAACAGACAGAAUCUCACUCCGCUCACACUGGCAGCAAAGCUGGCCAGGAAGACGAUGUACGAGUAUAUCUUGGAAAUUGAGCGGGAGGAUUACUGGAUCUACGGGAAUGUGACAUGUGCGGGCUACCCUCUGGAGCACAUAGACACCAUCUCUGUGACAGGGGAGAUAAACAAGUACUCAGCCCUUCAUCUCAUUGUUUAUGGGGAGAAGGAAAGUCACCUGGAGAUGAUGGAUGGACUUGUAGUGUACCUGUUAAAGGAGAAGUGGCGGACAUUUAUCAGAUUCAGAUUCUACCGGAGACUUGUUGUGUUUGUGUUCUACUUUUUGAUCGUGAUUGGGGCAUUUCUGCUGAGACCUGGCACAGACUUAAAUCCAACCCUUACAGAGAAAAAUGUAACAGAUGACGGCAAUGUCACCCUGGUCAAGGAAACCACCAUUAAUCCUUGCUACCUGAUGAAACCCUACAGGACAGAGGACAUCGCUCGGUUUGUCUUGGAGGUGAUGAUGUACCUAGGGUCCUGUCUCUACAUACUGCUGGCUAUGAAAGAAAUCUACCACCAGGGCACAAAAAUAUUCUUCACAACUCUGAAAGGAGCCCCGACAAAGGCCCUGUUCCUGCUGUCCUGUGUGUUUGUUAUCCUGAUGUUACCUGGACGGGCCGCCUGUGCUUACCAGUAUGAAGACAUUAUGGGAAUUCUGGCUAUCUUGUUUACAGCCCCGUACUUCCUCUUCUUCUGCAGAGGCUUCCGUAUUGUGGGUCCGUUCGUAGUAAUGAUUUACAAUAUGAUUCGUGGAGAUCUGCUGCGCUUUUUCAUCAUCUACGCCAUCUUUGUCAUUGGAUUCUCCCAGGCCAUGUUCGUGGUGUUUGGGGGAGUGGAUGGGAGUGUGUUCAGUCAUCCAAUAGAAUCCAUGAUGGGCAUGUACAUCAUGUCCCUAGGAGAGUUUGGAGACAUUUAUGACUCGUUUGUUGAGACGAAAUACCCUGAUCUUGGCAGAGUGGUUUUCCUAGUAUACAUGAUCAUGGUGACUCUGCUUCUGGUCAACAUGCUGAUUGCUAUGAUGGGAAAUACAUACACGCUUGUGAACAACACACAGAAAGAGUGGUUCAGACAGUGGGCAAACAUUGUACUGGUGAUUGAGCAGAGUGUCACAACAGCUCAUCGGCGAGAAGAGCAAUUGGCCUACUCUCAACCAAUGAAUGAGGACGCGCACAAGCGGGUGCUGGUCAGUCGGUGGCAUCAGUCGGAAAAGGAAAAGGAAACCCUGAAGAGUAAGAGAGAGAUGGAUCAUACUCGAGCCAAAAACAAUUUGAAGAGAAGAGAUAUGGAAACUGUGAAGGUUGAUCAGAACAUUGAGGCUAGACUCAAUAGUCCAAAGUACAUACAACACUGAGAGGAGUGUCCAAAAUACAUACAACACUGAGAGGAGUGUCCAAAAUACAUACAACACUGAGAGGAGUGUCCAAAAUACAUACAACACUGAGAGGAGUGUCCAAGGUACAUACAACACUGAGAGGAGUGUCCAAGAUACAUACAACACUGAGAGGAGUGUCCAAGAUACAGACAACAUUGAGAGGAGUGUCCUAGAGACAGACAACACUGAGAGGAGUGUCCAAGAUACAUACAGCACUGAGAGGAGUGUCCAAGAUACAUACAACACUGAGACGAGUGUCCAAGAUACAUACAACACUGAGACGAGUGUCCAAGAUACAGACAACACUGAAAAGAGUGUGCAAGAUACAUACAACGAGAGGGUUGUCCAAAAUACCACU